AUGGCUAUUGAUUCUGUGAGACCCACUUCCUUUCAUACUCUUCUUAUUCUCCAUUCUCAUUUCUAUGAUUAUUGCUUCACUUCCUUUGGAACCUAUGCGCCAAACAGCACCUACCAGUUCAACCUCCACAUCCUCCUAUCAAAAAUCACUUCAAACCCUAACGUCCAUUACGGCUUCGACAAUCUCUCUUACGGUCAAUCCCCAGACACAGUCAACGCAAUCGGACUCUACGGAGCAGACGUUACUCCGACCUCCUGCCGUGACUGCCUCAGAAACUCCACCACCGUCACGCAUUCCUGUUAUAAUUACAGCACCGCAAUUUCAAUACACGACGAGUGCCUAUUGUUCUACUCAGGAUAUGUAAUAUUCGGUAUCGUCCCGACUCUGGAUUUCACUAUCUACAAUAGGAGCGUAAGGGAUAAUAUAACAAAUUGGGAUCAUUAUAAGCUAGUUGUGAAUGGCUUACUUGGGAGUCUGAGUCGGAAAGCAGCGUCCGGUGACUCUCGCAGGAAAUUCGCCUUCGGGAAUACUGAAGCAGGAUCGGGGGGUAGGAAGAUAUACAGCGUUGUUCAGUGCAUGCCUGAUUUGAAUGAGUCAGAGUGUCGUAAUUGCUUGGACGGGGCUAUCUCGAAAAUUCCAGAAUGUUGUAACGGUAGCGAAGAAGGCAGAGUUUUUAAACGGAGCUGCAAUAUCAGAUUUGAGAGUUACAGAUUCUAUGAAGCUACGGCUGACGUGCCGACUUCAGUAUCAGCACCGGCAACGGCACCGGCACUGCUAGUUUCUCCUCGUUCCGUCGAUAUGACGUCGUCACAGGGUGAACUUGAAGCUAACGAUAAUGAAAUUAAGCCUGCUGAAUCAAUACAGUUCAACUUUAGAACCAUCAAAGUCGCUACAAAUUCCUUCUCUGAUGCAAAUAAGCUUGGGCAAGGUGGAUUUGGACCUGUUUAUAAGGGCAAGCUAUCCAAUGGACAAAAUAUUGCUGUCAAAAGGUUGUCUGGGGUUUCUGGGCAGGGAGAUACUGAAUUCAAGAAUGAAGUGCUAUUAAUGGCUAAGCUUCAACACCGAAAUUUAGUUCAGCUGUUUGGUUUUUCGUGGGAAGCCCUGAUUACUUCAUAUUUCGUGGGAAAUUCUCUUUAA